AUGGAGCUGGGGGGCCCUGGGGCGCCGCCCCCGCUGCUCCCCGCGCUGCUGCUGCUCCUGGGGAUCGGCCUCCUGCCGGCUCCCCUCCCCGCCCUGGAAGCCCAGCAGGGUACCAGGGCUCACGCAGAGGAACGGCUUCUGAAGACCCUCUUCUCUGGCUACAACAAGUGGUCCCGGCCAGUGGCCAACAUCUCCGAUGUGGUCCUUGUUCGCUUCGGCCUGUCCAUUGCCCAGCUCAUUGACGUGGAUGAGAAGAACCAGAUGAUGACAACGAACGUGUGGGUGAAGCAGGAGUGGUAUGACUACAAGCUGCGCUGGGACCCCAGGGACUACGAGAACGUCACCUCCAUCCGCAUUCCCUCCGAGCUCAUCUGGAGGCCAGACAUCGUCCUCUAUAACAAUGCGGAUGGGGACUUCGCGGUUACUCACCUGACUAAGGCCCACCUGUUCCACGACGGGCGGGUGCAGUGGACACCACCCGCCAUCUACAAGAGCUCCUGCAGCAUCGAUGUCACCUUCUUCCCCUUCGACCAGCAGAACUGCACCAUGAAGUUCGGGUCCUGGACCUACGACAAGGCCAAGAUCGACCUGGUGAGCAUGCACAGCCGUGUGGAUCAGCUGGACUUCUGGGAGAGCGGGGAGUGGGUCAUCGUGGACGCCGUGGGCACCUACAACACGCGGAAGUACGAGUGCUGCGCCGAGAUCUACCCCGACAUCACCUACGCCUUCAUCAUCCGGCGCCUGCCGCUCUUCUACACCAUCAACCUCAUCAUCCCGUGCCUGCUCAUCUCCUGCCUCACGGUGCUGGUCUUCUACCUGCCGUCAGACUGCGGCGAGAAGAUCACGCUGUGCAUCUCUGUGCUGCUGUCGCUCACCGUCUUCCUGCUGCUCAUCACCGAGAUCAUCCCGUCCACCUCACUGGUCAUCCCGCUCAUCGGCGAGUACCUGCUCUUCACCAUGAUCUUCGUCACGCUCUCCAUCAUCAUCACCGUCUUCGUGCUCAACGUACACCACCGCUCGCCGCGCACGCACACCAUGCCUGCCUGGGUGCGCAGGGUCUUCCUGGACAUUGUGCCACGCCUGCUCUUCAUGCAGCGGCCUUCCGUGGUCAAGGACAACUGCCGGCGGCUCAUCGAGUCGAUGCACAAGAUGGCCAGCACCCCACGCUUCUGGCCUGAGCCUGAGGGGGCACCUGGCAUCCCUAGUGGCUCCCGCAGCCAGGGUUCAUCUCCCGUCCCAUCCUUCAGUGUCCCUCCGGAGAAACCGGUGGAAGCUCAGCCUUCCUGCAAGUCACCCUCUGGCCAGGCGCCUGCUCUGCAGACCCCAGGGGCUGAGAAGGGCAGCCCCUGCCCUUCACCUAAGCCCUGCCCCCCACCCAGCAGCACUGGGGCCUCAGGGCUCACCAAAGCCAGGUCCCUGAGCGUCCAGCACGUGCGCAGCCCCCAUGAAGCGGCAGAAGGCAGCGUCCGGUGCCGAUCUCGGAGCAUCCAGUACUGCGGACCCCGGGAUGGAGCUACCUCGCAGGCUGGCAGCCCGACGGCAGACUCCCCCACCUCUCUGAAGACCCCCCCAGCUGAGCUGCCCCCAGACCAGCCCUCUCCCUGCAAGUGCACAUGUAAGAAGGAGCCACCGGUGGUGUCCCCGGUCACUGUGCUCAAGGCCCGCGGCACCACAGUGCCACCCCAGCACCUAUCCCUGUCACCUGCCCUGACUCGGGCAGUUGAGGGUGUCCAGUACAUUGCUGAUCACCUGAAGGCAGAGGACUCAGAUUUCUCGGUGAAGGAGGACUGGAAGUACGUGGCCAUGGUCAUCGACCGCAUCUUCCUGUGGAUGUUCGUCAUCGUCUGCCUGCUGGGCACUGUGGGCCUGUUCCUGCCACCCUGGCUGGCUGGCAUGAUCUAGGGAUGGCGCUGGUGUGGCCCAGGCACCUACAGGAUGCGGCAGGGCCGGGCCUGCUUGUCCCUGAACCACCAACUCCGUGGGGCAGGCCAUUUUUUGUCCCCCCUCUCCAUACCUGCUGUGAGACAGCCUUGGAAAGAGCCACUGCCUCCCAAGGGAGCUGGGGUUGGGUACUGGCUCUGUCAUGCAGUUGCCAGGGAGGGAACAGGGGGCUGGCGUGGGAUUGUUCUGUCCACAGGGCAGUGUCACGGUGAGGCCCCA